GCAUAGCUUUACUUUUACCUCGCUCUCGCAAAAUUUCUGAGAGUUUUUUUUCAAAUAUAUCCCUCCAAUCAAUUACUUUAUUCAUUUAAUUUGCUAAUUAGUUUAAUCUUUAGCUAGCACAAUCCAAAGACAUCAUUUGCUUUUCUAUUGAAUUUUGUCAAGAACCAAAACAAGCAAAUCUCAACUGGUAAGACCAGAUUCAAUAUGUCUAAAGCUUCGUCGACGGUUCCCUCUGAAACUCCCAAAGACGGUGACCGUGCAAAUCUGUCUCGUACUUUGAAGUACUUAUUGGCUACACAGUUUUUGUCAAGAGGAAUCCCAUUCAUAUUCAAUUCAUGGAUAGUGAGGCACCUCACCCAGGAGGACUAUGCGGUGUAUGCUGUUCAGUUCCAUCUAUUUGUGACGUGUAUUUUGUUUCUUAGCCGCGAAGGAUUCCGGCGAGCCUGCAUGCGUGCUGAUAUUAAAUUGUGUGAAGGUGCUUCAGCAAAAGACAAUGCUGCAUUGUUGAAAGUGGCCUGGAUGAGUUUCCCACUUGGUGUGGUUAUCACAAUUGCAGGAUGUGUCUUUGUCUUCUGGUGGCAAGGGUUACAGCAUUCUGACCCUUAUGCUCAAGCUAUUUUGAUUAAUGGUUUUGCAUGUAUAUUAGAGCUCUUGGCGGAACCUCUAUAUAUCCUUUCUCAGACAUUGUUUCUACUCAAACUGCGCUUGGUGGUUGAAACUCUAGCUACGUUUUCACGCUGUGUAACAAUGUACAUUCUAAUUGUGAACCUCACUAACAUGGAGAAGGGAAUUGUCUUUGCGUUGUCUCAAGCAGCAUAUGGAGCCUGCAUAUUUCUGGGCUAUUGGAGCUAUUUUCUUCUUUUUCGUGCAUAUAGGAGUUCUGAUCUUAUUCCUUUCAGACUAGGACAUAUGAUGAAUUUUGAUAAGCAGCUCUCAAACAUGUGUAUGUUGUUUACCCUUCAAUCCUUUCGAAAGUUGAUCCUUCAAGAAGGAGAAAAGAUCGUCCUUGUAUGGUUGGAUACACCAUAUAACCAAGCCGUAUAUGGACUCGUGGACAAACUAGGGAGCUUGGUGGUCAGGUUGGUGUUUCUUCCUUUUGAAGAAAGUUCAUAUUCUACAUUUGCCAGGUCUGCAUCAGGACAGUCUCCAAAUAAAAGCAAGAACUUAGGAAGGCGCCUUACUGAGGCCAUGAAGCUUGUUUUACUAAUCGGUCUCUUAUUUUUGGCUUUUGGCCCAAGCUACUCCUAUUGCCUAAUCAGACUGUUGUAUGGUCAAAAAUGGAGUGAUGGAGAAGCUUCCACAGCCCUUCGUUACUAUUGUCUUUACAUCAUUGUUUUGGCUAUGAAUGGGACCUCUGAAGCAUUUCUUCAUGCAGUUGCAACUGAGAACCAACUCAAACGCUCAAACAACUCAUUGCUUGUAUUUUCAUUGAUAUAUGUAGCAUUGAAUGUCCUACUGAUACGAUCUGUUGGUGCCAUUGGUUUGAUUCUUGCAAAUUCUUUGAAUAUGAUUUUGAGGAUUAUCUACUCAGCAAUUUUCAUCAAACACUUUUUUCAGGAGUCUUCCUCAUUUUCUUUCUGCAGCUGUUUACCUUCAGGGUGGACAAUCCUGUUGCUUUCGGGUGUAGCUACUCUUAUUUCAGAAAAAGUAUUUCUUGACCGUGAAAAUUUUUGGUCAUCCUUUUUUAUUCAUUUUUGCAUUGGGUUCGCUUUCUUCUGCACCUCAGCCUUUGUCAUUUAUCGGCGUGAGAGGCCUUUUAUCAACAAAAUUAUCCGUUUCCGCGACCAUUCAGACUGAAAUCAAGAAGGGCCAUAACUGCAUUUUGAAAUUGAAGGUGGGAUUAUCUCCCUUUACCUUAUUUCUAAUAUUCCCCUUAUGUAUCAUCUAUUGAACGAGUUGUGACGGGAUUUGUGGUGGUGAUUAUGAAAUUCAUUCAAUUGACAAAAUUUAAAGGAAAUUCUUCCUAGCAAUACAAAAAUAGUAGAAUAGAGUUGUCAGAAACAGGAGUUGUACCUUAUAGGUAUAGUGAAGGAGAACUUCAAGAAUUUUGUAUUGUUCUGAAUGUUAAACCAGGAUAAAGCUGAAGAUAUAUACAGCAGUUACAGUGUUUUCAGGCCAGAA